AUGGACAACCUGACCCUUAGACACAGCAUUCUCCUCUUAGAGGGACUGAAAGUUACACCUCAAUCUUCAUAUCCAGUUUUUGUCCUGCUUCUCUUGGCUUAUAUCUUUACAAUAAUAUCCAACAUUGGACUUAUAGUUCUGAUCUCAACAGAGAAGAAUCUACAUCAUCCUAUGCACUUUCUGUUCUGUAACUUGCCGUUGAAUGAUAUAUUAGGGACUACUGUCAUUUUGCCACGUUUAAUGCAAGACAUUUUAAAGGAAACCUCAGAGCGCUAUAUCACAUACGUGGAGUGUGUUAUUCAAGCAUAUUUUGUACAUGUAUUCAUAGCUGCAUGUCACUAUGUGCUUAUGUUAGGACUCACUGUGAGGUUAUCUCACUGCAGAUCUAAAAUUGAAAACCCUUUCUGUGACAAUGCCUCACUGUUUAAACUGUCCUGUGAAAGUGUUGUCAUAAAUAAUGUGUAUGGAAUUAUUUACACUGUGGCUGUACUCUGCUUUUCAUCGGUAUCUAUAUUUUUAACAUAUGUCAAGAUUGCUGCUGUAUGCAAAAGUAGCAAAAGCCAAGCACUGAACAGCAAAGCUAUAAAAACCUGCAGUACACAUUUAGCUGUUUAUUUAGUCAUGUUUUUUUCUGGUGCUAUCAUGACGUUUCUCCAUCGUUUCCCUGAAUACUCUGACAGCAGGAAACUAGCCAGUAUAAUGUUUCACAUUGUACCACCAGGAUUAAAUCCCUUAGUAUAUGGUUUACAAACCAAAGAGAUAAGACAAAAAAUGGCUACCUUUUGGUGGAGAAAAAAAGUAAUUUCUUUGUAA